CCCCAACCCCAACCCCAACCUCAACCAUACUUUGCUCUAGCUUUAGCUUUACUCCUACUCAAAAACACUUAUAAAUUUUAAAUUUUAAAAUUAAAAUUUAUAAAAUUGUCAUCUAGCACCAACUCAAACCGUUGAGAACAAUUCUCUCAGCUUUCCCUCCAACCAUGAGCUUUGCGGCAUCUCCUUCAGCCAUAAUGAUGAAAACUUACAAAGGAAAGCUACCUCUUUCCGUUAUCACAGUUAUAGUCUGCGCUUUUGCAUUCCUUGCUCUUCUAUAUACACAAAGCUUAACUUUUCUUUCUUCAAAUUAUAUUCUCAAAUCCAAGUCCUGUGCUAGAAGAGGUGCUGUUGUAGAAGCUAAUGAUCAUAGAACGGCAGAGGAGAACGUAGAAAUCCUCGAAAUCGAUGACAGGUUCGAGUUUGACCCUGAAGAGUGCGAUAUUGGUAAAGGUAAGUGGGUGUUCAACCGCUCUAUCAAGCCAUUAUACACAGAUACAAGUUGUCCAUACCUGGACAGGCAAUUUUCUUGCGUCAAAAAUGGUCGGCUUGAUUUUGACUACCAUCACUGGGAGUGGCAGCCUGAGGACUGUGACUUGCCUAGAUUUAAUCCAGAACUUGCACUUCAAAAGCUUCGAGGAAAGAGGCUACUCUUUGCUGGGGAUUCCCUGCAAAGGAAUCAAUGGGAGUCUUUCGUUUGCAUGGUUGAAUGGACUAUACCUCCAGAAAAGAAGUCUAUGAAACGAGGAAAAGUUCAUUCUGUCUUCAAAGCCAAGGAAUAUAAUGCAACGAUUGAAUUUUACUGGGCCCCGUUUCUUAUUGAAUCCAAUACGGAUAUCGACGUUUUAGAUCCGAAGAAAAGAAUACUAAAAGUUGAUUCAGUUGCCAAGCACUCUAAACACUGGGAAGGAGCUGAUAUACUUGGGUUUAAUACUUACGUUUGGUGGAUGAGUGGGCUUAGACUCAAGACAUUAUGGGGUUCAUUUGCAAAUGGCGAUGAAGGUUACGCAGAGCUGGAUACAGCAGUUGCCUACCAAAUAGGUUUGAAGACAUGGGCUAACUGGAUCGAUUCAACUUUAAAUCCCAACAAGACCCGUGUUUUCUUCACAACUAUAUCCCCUAUCCAUACAAGCGAAGAGUGGGGCAAGACAGAUGGGCUGAAAUGUUUCAAUGAAACAAAGCCAGUGAAGAAGUUGUGGGGAAGUGGUUCCGACAAGGAGAUGAUGAGUGUGGUGGCGGGUGUGCUGAAGAAAAUGAAAGUUGCAGUUACAGUUGUAAAUAUAACACAGCUCUCAGAGUACAGAGUCGACGCACAUUCAUCAAUUUAUACAGAGACUGGGGGAAGGCUCUUAAAUGAUGAGGAAAAAGCAGACCCUGGACGCCAUGCUGAUUGCAUCCAUUGGUGCCUGCCUGGUGUUCCUGAUACUUGGAAUCGAAUAUUUUUAGCACAUUUGUAAAAUUUCGUCUCUUGCAAAACCCCCCGUUUGAUUUGUAUCUACUACUACUUUUUUUAGCAAAUCAAUCAGCCAUUUUCUUUUCUUUCAAGAA